UAGAGUGAUACACUAACCCGCUAUGUUUCAACUGAGACGCUGCAACUUGAGUCUUUAAGGUUCUUCCGGACUACAAAUAAAACUACUCGGAAAUGCGACACAUGUCGACGUUCCGCCGCCUGCUGCCUUUUCUCUGCUGUAGUCCGUCGCUUUGGCUGCGUCCCUAAACGCAUGAGUCCCUCACAGGGUUUUGUAAAAGUCGUCCUUCCCCGUCAGCAACCAAAUGGACGCGGUGUUUACGUCAACGUUGUCCGCGUAAAAAGGGAUUUUUCAUCAAAUGUAACGUUUCACUCUUGUAAACGCGAACAAUAUGAUCAAGAAGUGUCAAAUACAUUUUGAGAGACAAUGCACAACAACUGGGCACGUUAUCUCGUAUUUUUUCAAUACAUUGGAACAAAUUACAGGGGUGCAGUGAAAGUGCCUCCCAAUCAGCUGGUUAGGAAGGGGGUCCAGGACCACUUGGAGGAUGCAAUAAGGAGGCUGAGGCCGCUCAACCCAGUGUCUCUGUCAGUCUCCAGCAGGACAGACACAGGUGUCCACGCCCUCUCUAACUCCGCCCAUUUCGACCUCCAACGCAUGAACGAUAAGCCGCCGUUUACUGAAGACGUUCUUGUUGAAGCUCUUAAUUUCCAUCUCAAAGCCGAGCAGAUCAGGAUCACGCGUGCCCACCAUGUGCCUGAUGAUUUUCACGCCCGUUUCCGUGCCCGGUCCCGGACCUACGUCUACCGGAUAGCCCUGGGAAUCUCACACCACUCCCUGCUUCCCCUUACAGAACGCGAUCUCUGCUGGAACCUCCGCAACCAGACGCUGGAUGUGGAAGCCAUGCGUGAGGCUGCAGCACUGCUGCUCGGGACUCAGGACUUCAGCAGCUUCAGGGCAGUCAACUCCGACAUUCAUUUUAAAAGCCCUGUGAAGACGCUGAAUGUGGCCAGCGUACAGCCAGGAAGCUCCUUCGCACACGCACACUUCCACAGAGAGAUACCAUUCUGGGAGCUGACUUUUACAAGCAGAUCCUUUCUCUAUAAGCAGGUGCGGAGGAUGACAGGGGCUCUCGUGGCUGUAGGCCGGGGGCAGCUCUCAGUGCCCCAGCUGCAGCAGAUAUUGGAGGCUCGGGACUCUCUUGCCUACCCACAAGGCCUGGCUGCUCCUGCCAACGGCCUCUUCCUCACCAGGGUGGACUACAGAGAGACAGGUGAGGAGGCAGAAUCUGAUUCCAUAUUAAAAAUCACAUCCCAGUACUGUAUAAUACUAAUCUAUCUACUAUAAAACGACAUAUUUGCUCAAGGGGCUCAAUAUGCGGCAAGUGUCCGUUAAUGUUUGGUAAGUUUUCAGAUGUAUA